AUGCAACCAUUGAUAGAACAACCACAGUUUCUACUUGAGCCCAAAUCCUUAUACAUCUUUGAAAAUCAACCCAUCCAACUUGAAUGCAAAGCUAUUCGAACGCGACAGAUAUUCUUCAAUUGUGAUAACAAAUGGGUACCAGAGAAUGAACAUAUCAAAUCGACUGAAAUCAACGAUAGAGGCGUCAAUGUGAUUAUCACCAAAAUACAAUUGACAGUUGAACAAGUCGAAUCGAAUGCAUACAAAUGUUUUUGUCAAGCAUGGUCGGCAACAGGUGGAACGUUGAAAUCUCGAACGGCAACGAUUGAAAUCGCUUAUUUGGAUAAAAUUUUUGAAUGGGAACCAUUAAAAACUGAUAGCGUGAUCGGUAAAUCAGUUGAACUACGUUGCCGUCCACCAAGUGGCAAUCCAUAUCCGAAAGUAACCUGGUUGAAAGAUAAUCGACCAGUUGAAAUCAAUCGUAAUGGUCGGUUUAUUCUUUCGAACGAGAAUUCUUUACUUAUCGCACAAGUCAGAAAGAUCGACGCGGGAAAUUAUACAUGUGUUGCAUCGAAUAUUGCUGGAAGUUAUUCAAGCGAGCCUGCCGAAUUAAUUGUUCAUGAUAAUCGCGGUUGGUCAGAUUGGCAACCGUUCUCAGAAUGCAAAGGUAUACCGUGUAGUAUUGGUCGUCAACGCCGUAUACGAACAUGUUUGAAUCCGCCAACGGCCACUAACCGACCUAGUUGUGAUGGCGAACAUAUGCAAGAACGAGAAUGUCCUGUACCUUGUCUACAAGAUUCGCCAAAAAAUGCUGUCCUUUCUGAAUGGUCAACUUGCAUGGGCAGUCCGUGUCAGAUAGGUAAACAAAAACGUGUUCGACUCUGUUCCAAACAAACACCAUGCAAUACUGACGAAGCUGAAGAGCGAGAUUGUUCUGUACCUUGUACAAAUUCCAACACAUCGAAUGGUGUUUAUUCCGAUUGGACAAAUUGGUCAACAUGUCGUCUUCCGGAAUGUAGAUCCAGUCGUACACGUCAGUGUUUACAAGAGCCGUGCCGUGAUUAUUUAAUCGAAACUCGUUCAUGCAAAGAAAAUUUUUGUUCGAGUACUUUCGUUUCGUCAUCGACUCUCAAUGCUGUUGUUUAUUCAUCGGCUGGUAUCGGUGUGCUCAUAUUUCUUUUGCUUGCGAUAUUAUUUGUUAUAAUAUGUUGCCGUCGUCGACAACGCCUACCAACAAAAAAAGCUCUAUCAAAUUGUAUUCCAACAACAAAUACCUGUGGUGGAUGUCACAUAGAGAAGAAUGAUUAUCCGUUCUAUUAUUCGAUUCAACAAGACACAAAUUCAACACGGUCUUGCGCAUCGCACAACAAUACAAUUUCAUUGACGAAUUCUGAUGUUGGUGUUGAACGUGAAAGAUUUCAUUUGUUCAAUGAUUCACCAACGAAUUUUUCCAAUCAAAAUCACUUAAAUUUUGUCUACGAGAGGAUUCUACAAAGUUUACCUGCACAUACCGAUCUACGGUAUUUUGCUGUCUCGAUUUUGAACAAUACAGGCUGCCAAUUGAAAAUUCCCCAUACGGGUAUCAAACUGACCAUACCUGAGGAUGCCGUUCUCCUCGAUGAAGAUCACUUGAUUUACGUUGCUUUACUUACAACAGAAAACCAAAUGCCAACGCUGACGACAAAUCAAACACGUUUAUCACCUGUUAUAUUAAUCGGUCCAUCGGACAUAACUUUAGUUAAACCAGCUGUUCUCUCGUUCGAGCAUACAGCAGUUUUAGACUCGGCAUGGAAAUAUAAUCUAAUGUUUUGUGAUGAUUCGCAACAUUGGAGAUGUAUUUUAACUUAUGGACAAGAGAACAUCUCCACACCAGUGCACCUACAAUUCGCUCAUGAACAACAAGCGUUUAUCUUAUUUGAGAACAUAGGUGCAUAUGCACUGAUUGGCGAAUCGAUAUUGAAUCAACAAGCAUCGAAAUAUAUUCAGAUGGCUUGUUUCUAUGGUCAAUCUGCAUUACGUCUUCGAUUUUUCGAUAAAACUUCGGACGCAUUUGAGCACUGUUUGAACGAAGAGACAGCAAUGAAGAAUUUUCUAUGUGACCAACCGAAACAAUUUAUUUUACAUGAUAAUCAAGAUCAGAUAUGCAUGAAUGUUGACUUAGAACUAUCGACAAUGUCAAGAAUUAACAUUGGCUACAAAGAAAUUCCAUUUGCAUCAUUCUGGACAAAUCGAAUCGAACGAUCUUGUUUCAUUUUUCUUAUUCCGAACUUACAACCAAAUCAAACAGGUCCCGAUAAGAAUUUUAUGGAACAAUUUACCAUACAUGUUGAUGUAUACCAACCAAAUAUAUUCACAAAUGCUUUGCAUACACGCCUGCUCAUCAAUACACAUAAUUUACAAUAUACAUCCGGAUGGGAUGCAACAUCAAUGCGUCCGCACCAUUUUUCCAAAACAUCAGAAAAACCGUCAAGACUGCCAACAGUAAUUCGACAGAAACUAUGUCAAAUACUCGAUCCGCCAACUACAUUAGGAAACGAUUGGCGAAUGUUUGCGAGUAAUCUACUCGGCAUCAGUUAUCUUCAAUACUUUGCAACAAAAACCAGUCCAACAGAACAUUUGCUCACCUUAUGGGAUGCUCGUCAAGAAUCAUUUGUAAAUAUGAUUAAUGUUCUGAAUCAAAUCGGUCGUAGUGAUGCUGCUUGUGUUAUCAUAGCGCAUAUGAAUAUAACAAGAGCUUUCACUGUUGGCGACCGUCAUCGUUUUGAAAAUAUUUACAUUGGUUGGGGUUUGAAAAAUUUCAAUGAAUGUUCGCAAGCCGGUAUGAUCAAUAUAUUUCCUCAAAAUGAAUACAAAUUCGACUUGAUCGAAAGAGAUGAUCCAACAAUCGAAGAAGAAAAUGCGUUGUUCAAAUCAUCGAUACUGUUGUCACCGGAUGACAAUGAAGAGUUUGAAGAUAACAUUGAAUAG